GUGUGGAAAGACUGCUGAAAUCCCUGAUGUUAUUAAAGCUAGAUUAGGAGAACCGCUGACUUUAAAUUGUAUCUACAACUGCUCCACUGGGUUCAUUCGUGGCAUUUGGAAAUGGGAAGAUACUCCGGCAUGUGACACCUGUUUGUGGACUACAAUAGAAAAAAACAUGAGUGAAGACAUGUGCAUUGUGAGCUUGCAAACUCUUAAUCUGACCCUGGAGCAGACCUUAUAUAACUACUCGUGUUUUUCUGUGAAGAAUGAUCAUCAAGAUCUCCCUCAUAACCUUGAGCAGAUCAUAUCACUUCAAAUUCAAGAUCAGACCACAGGACCAGUCAUCCAUCGUAAAGUAGCUCUAGAUGUAGCGGUGAAAGUGGCGAUUUACCAAAAUCAGAAUGAGUUAAACCUUCAUCAUCUUGACAAAGGCCUAUCAUCGUAUUCCAUCCAAGUGUUCUUGGGAGACAAACUAAAACUGGACUGUCUUUCUACCAACCAUCAUUGCGAAGGCCAAUGGAUAAGGGAUGAUGCAAAUGUCACAGAAAUAACCCCAAGCAGGUUUGUCGAAUGGAAUAAGAUCACAGAAGAUGCUGAAGGAACGUACACAUGCAGCACAAACCAGCUUUGUACCAGCCAGAAGAUUAGUGUUGUGAUUGAUGUUAUUAAAAAUGAUGGAUUUGGAUGGAUCAGGCCAUUCGCAGCAAUUGCACUGUCUGUAGCAGUCAUGCUAAUAUUUCUGCUGACCUAUCUAUGCUACAAAAAGAGGGGGAAGAAUUUGUCGGAUGCAGAGGAUUCAACAACUGUAAUCUAUGAAAACACAAGAACCAAAAAUGAAGGAAUGAUCCACAAACCCAUAGCACAAGGUGAGUUUGAUUUCAAAUUGCCAUGA